AUGCCGGGUUCAGCAGCCGCACCAGUCGUCUACACUUUCCCAGCCGUCCCGGCACUCCAAGAGUCCCUGGCAAACUUCAUCGUCAAGGCUCAGACCGACGCCAUUGCCAAGCGCGGCCGGUUCACCAUUGCCCUCUCUGGCGGUUCCCUCCCCAACAACCUCUCCCCGCUCGCCGAGCACAAGGAUAUCCAAUGGGACAAAUGGCACGUCUUCUUCUCGGACGAACGGAUCGUACCUCUCGACCACGCCGACAGCAAUUAUGCCGCCUGCGCCAAGGCGUUCCUCGACCACGUCCCUAUCAAGCGUGAACAAAUACACACCAUUGACGUCUCGCUCUUUACAGACGAGACCAAGGCGGAUCCGACGGCGGGACCCAAGGACGCGGAUAAGGCGGAAGAGGAGGCAGUGGAGAUUGCGGAUGAGUACGAGAAGCAGUUGGUAGGGUGCUUUGCGGCGGGGAAUUCCGCGCGGUAUCCCACCUUUGAUCUCAUUCUGUUGGGGAUGGGUCCUGAUGGCCACACGUGCUCGCUCUUCCCGGGACAUGAGCUGUUGAGCGAGAGCUCGAGGUGGGUGGCAGAGGUGCAGGAUAGCCCAAAGCCCCCAAACAGGAGGAUCACUCUGACCUACCCUGUUCUCAACCACGCUUUCCGAUGCGCCUUCGUAGCUGCCGGCGAGGGCAAGCAGGACAUGCUCGCCAAUAUCCUCGACAGGCCAGAAGAUGGGUUACCGUGUUCGCGCGUCAGGCCAGCCGCACCCGGCUUGGUUUUCUGGUUCGUCGACGAAGCAGCCGCCAAAAAGCUCAACUACCCCGCGACAGAGUACAAGUGGAUCGAAGAUGACGAUAUGCAGGGGUCGGAGGACGCAAUCGCGGCGGAGAGGAAGAAGAUGAAGGCGGAGGUGGAUGCGGUGGUGAAGAGCCAUCAAUAA